AUGAACGACCUCGACUCCGAUGAAGAACUCCAGGUGGUCUCGAAGGCGGACAAGGCCCUCUUGAACACCCAGCAUCAGAUUCAGGCUCAGAACGAAGAGCUCGCAAAACUCUUUCGUCUCGAAUAUCUCCUCGAAUGGCCGGAAAACCUGCCCCAUUCCGGUCUCAAAGCUCACCCGACCGGCUUCGUCUCGUUCGAGGAUUGGAUCGAUCAAUAUGUCGCGGCCAACAACGAGGCCCAACGUAUCGCCAAGGGGGGAAAGAAGGGAAUCGACCAUUCCCCCUCCAAGAAGACUCGCAGGCAGAUCGUGUCGAAGGUCGACGGUGCCGAAAUUCCCUACCUUCCUAACGACAACACCAAGCCGGUCAUGCGUCUCAGCACUGGGGCGUACGUCGCCUGUCUUCAGAUCAAGGUCGACAAAGGCGGGGUGAAGAACGACAGGGCCGGGUGGAGGGACGACCAGACGAUCGCCGAGAUCAUCGUCGACGAGGAAGAACGCGCGGUUCUUCCUAUCUUCCCGCCCGUGGACUUGCUGAUGGCGUGGUUGAGGCCUAACCGAUCCGGAAAGGUCAACAUCAAGCCGAUCAACGGCUGGUUGGAUCAAUGGCGCGGUGGAUGGCAGGUCGCCUGCCUCGGUUGUUACCAAAGGGUGAUCGAGAAGAACGAGCCCCCUUCUUACAUCGACGAGAACCAGCUCGUCGUCAGCAACCCUGGUGUCGAUCCCGACAACAUCCACCGCCCCCUCGUCCACUGUGUCAAGUACGGCCCCGUCUUCCUCUGCCGAAAGAACCUUGGAUCGUCCGACGAACGCACUUGCGGCCAAUGCAAGGACAAGAAGGCCGUCUGCCACGCUCGGGACCCUCGUGUCGGGGACAUCGCCAACGACCCUGACGCUCAUCCGAUGAAGAGGAUCGACGCCGUCCUUGAGACGAUCUUUUCCCAAGGUCAAAUGACCAAGGAGGCUCGACAAGGACACGUCCUGCUCAUUCGUGAGCAGUUGAAGGCCAAUCUCUGUCACGCGGCUCGUGGUCACGACGGGAACCACCCUUUCGUCUCUCACAAGGAGCACAUCACCGGUUCCGACGACGAGAACUAG